AACGGAAAAGGAUGGAAUAGCCGUUCAGUUUACUUCACUCGUCACGAGAAAUUGAUGCCAACUUUAUGGUUUACUAAAAUUCUAUUCCAUCCUCUAUUUUUGCAUGUACUUCGCCCCGGCUGGACAAAGCGCAAUGAGCAUGGUGAGAUGUGUUCAGGUUGCACCAUUUCGUUGUUGAGUGGCCCGAAGAAGAUAAUAGUUGAUCCUGGAAGUCCUUGGGAUACAAAUCUGGUACACACGUUGCUUGCGCAACACGGAUUAGAUUUCACCGAUAUUGAUUAUGUGAUUUGCACGCAUGAACACAUAGACCAUAUUGGAAGUCUGCACCGAUUCACUAAAGCCAUUCACAUAGUGGGAACGUCCGUAUACAAAGAACAGCCAAUCGCACACGAUUUCGGGAGUUAUAUUCCAUAUGAGAUCGAUUCGAAUGUUUUGAUUCACACCCCAGGCCACACUCCUCACGAUGUUUCUGUAGUGUGUCGACACAUCGCUCCCUACGGUCGUGUUGUAAUCACCGGAGAUUUGUUCGAAUGUGAAGAGGAUUUAAAGGAUCCCCUGUUGUGGCAAAACUCAAGCUGGUUAAAGCCCGUGCAAGAAUCCUUCCGGAUGAAAAUCCUCAAAAAGGCUGAUUUGAUCGUUCCUGGGCACGGUGAUUCUUUUCCGGUAUUUUUCAUCAAGUCAAUCAAAUGCAUUUAUAGCUGA